UGAUCGAUAUCGACAUCGAUUUUUUACAGGUUUAGGCGUCGUCAAUAAAAGUGUAGAAGAGCUCUGGUCGCGGAGAAUAUUUUAGAUAUCUUUAAAAAUGGGAACUCUAGCGGAUUUUGGUCAAAUUGCAUUGAAAUGGGAUCCAAAAAAUUUGGAAAUCCGCACCAUGUCAGUGGAGAAAACUUUAGAGCCUUUGGUUUUACAAGUAACAACACUAGUGAACACUAAGGGCCCUAGCAAAAAGAAAAAAGGAAAAUCGAAGCGUGCAAGCGCACUAGUUGCAGCUGUGGAAAAGGCAACAGAAAACUUUAUUCAAAAAGGAGAGCAAAUCGCAUAUGAGAACCCGGACAUUACUCAAGAAAUGUUGUCUGCAGUUGAUGAAGUUCGAAAAACCGGAGAUGCCAUGAGCAUUGCAGCCAGGGAGUUUUCCGAGGAUCCCUGCAGUUCAUUAAAACGCGGGAACAUGGUGCGAGCAGCUAGAAAUUUGCUCUCAGCUGUAACACGUUUACUCAUUUUGGCAGACAUGGUGGAUGUUCAUUUAUUGCUAAAAUCGCUUCAUAUUGUUGAAGAUGAUCUUAAUAAAUUGAAGAAUGCUUCUAGCCAGGACGAACUUAUGAACAACAUGCGGCAAUUUGGUCGAAAUGCUGGAGAACUUAUCAAACAAGCUGCAAAGCGUCAGCAGGAGCUGAAGGAUCCACAAUUGCGGGAUGAUCUGGCUGCCGCUCGAGCCAUGCUAAAGAAACAUUCAACAAUGCUUUUGACCGCAUCAAAAGUCUACGUUCGUCAUCCCGAGUUGGAUUUGGCCAAAGUCAAUCGUGAUUUUAUUUUAAAACAAGUGUGCGAUGCCGUCAACACGAUUAGCGAUGUAGCCCAAGGAAAAUCGUCACAGCCAACUGAUGUUUACAGUGGUGCAGGAGAACUAGCUGCGGCCUUGGACGACUUUGACGAGGGGAUUAUUAUGGACCCCAUGACUUAUAGUGAAAAACGGUCUCGCCAACUGCUAGAAGAGCGUCUGGAAAGUAUUAUUAGUGCUGCGGCAUUGAUGGCCGAUGCAGACUGCACAAGGGACGAGCGCCGUGAGAGAAUUGUUGCCGAAUGCAAUGCUGUCCGGCAAGCUUUACAAGAUUUGCUGUCGGAAUACAUGUCGAACAUGGGACAAAAAGACAAUAGCCCAGGACUUGAUCGUGCUAUUGAUCAAAUGUGUCGCAAAACAAGAGAUCUGCGUCGACAGCUUCGUAAGGCUGUUGUUGAUCAUGUGUCCGAUUCAUUUUUAGAAACAACCACGCCAUUGAUUGACUUAAUUGAAGCGGCUAAAUCAGGGAAUGAAAAGAAAGUUCGAGAAAAGGCCGACAUAUUCACAAAACAUGCUGAAAAAUUAGUUGAAGUGGCAAAUCUCGUGUGUAGUAUGUCAAAUAACGAAGAUGGUGUCAAAAUGGUUCGAUAUGCUGCCGCUCAAAUUGAAAGUCUAUGUCCCCAAGUAAUUAAUGCAGCAUCAAUUCUCACAGUGCGACCCAACUCAAAGGUUGCACAAGAAAAUAUGUCUGCUUAUCGCCAAGCAUGGGAGGUUCAAGUUCGGAUAUUAACAGAGGCCGUAGAUGAUAUUACGACGAUUGAUGACUUUUUAGCUGUUUCUGAAAAUCAUAUUUUGGAAGAUGUAAACAAAUGUGUUAUGGCUUUGCAAGUUGGAGACGCCAAAGAUCUACGCGCAACUGCUGGGUCCAUUCAGGGAAGGUCGUCCCGUGUCUGCAAUGUUGUUGAAGCUGAAAUGGACAACUAUGAGCCGUGCAUUUACACAAAACGAGUUUUGGAAGCAGUUAAAGUUCUUCGCGAGCAAGUAAUGAUUAAAUUUGAGCAACGAGUUGAUGCUGCCGUCGAAGCUCUUUCUUCUAAUACAAAUAAAGAUGUGGACGAAAAUGACUUUAUUGAUGCCUCCCGUUUGGUUUACGAUGGAGUACGCGAAAUUCGCCGUGCAGUAUUAAUGAAUCGAAGCUCUGAGGACCUUGAUACGGACACAGAAUUUGAGCCCGUUGAAGAUUUAACAUUGGAAACUCGAAGUCGAUCAAGUGCACACACUGGUGAUCAGACCGUCGACGAAUAUCCGGACAUUAGUGGCAUAUGUACAGCUAGGGAAGCAAUGCGAAAAAUGACAGAAGAGGAUAAACAAAAGAUUGCACAGCAAGUCGAGCUAUUUCGACGAGAAAAACUUACUUUUGAUUCAGAGGUUGCAAAAUGGGAUGAUACUGGCAACGACAUAAUUUUCUUGGCAAAACACAUGUGCAUGAUAAUGAUGGAGAUGACGGACUUUACAAGAGGUCGUGGUCCAUUAAAGACUACUAUGGAUGUUAUUAACGCCGCUAAAAAAAUAUCCGAAGCCGGUAAUAAGCUUGAUAAGCUAACCCGGGAAAUAGCAGAGCAGUGUCCUGAAAGCAGCACUAAAAAAGACUUAUUGGCAUAUUUGCAACGAAUCGCUCUCUAUUGUCAUCAAAUUCAGAUCACUUCUAAAGUCAAAGCAGAUGUACAAAAUAUCAGUGGAGAGCUGAUAGUAUCAGGGCUUGACAGCGCGACAUCUUUGAUCCAAGCAGCUAAAAAUCUAAUGAAUGCCGUUGUACUGACAGUAAAAUACUCAUAUGUAGCAUCGACAAAAUAUACAAGACAAGGCACUGUCACUUCUCCAAUUGUGGUAUGGAAAAUGAAAGCACCAGAGAAAAAGCCUCUAGUGCGCCCCGAGAAACCAGAAGAAGUUCGGGCUAAGGUUCGGAAAGGCUCUCAGAAAAAAGUGCAAAACCCAAUUCAUGCUUUAUCAGAAUUCCAAAGUCCCGCUGAUGCUGUCUAAGGGAUGGAGCUUCGAAUAAUAAUUUUAAGUAUUAUAUACCUAUUCGAUCACAUAUAUACAUGUUUAUAUGCAGAUAUAUAUACAUAUUAUAAUAAUAGUAUAUACAUAUAUGUAUAUGUAUUUAUAAUGAUAUGAUUUAUUAUUAAAGAUAUCACGUUUUACGUUGGAAUAUCUAUGAGAUACACAUACCGAUCUGUGUCAAAAAAAUUUUUGUAAGUGACAGAAAAAGAAAAAUUAUAUUAUGCAAAAAAACAGAUAGUAAAAAAUUAUUUGCAGGUUUUUAAUCACUAAUCGCUCCAUCACAAAAUGCAAAAAGUAGUAAUCAGGUAUCAUGGUAAGGGGUCAAAGUUACCUACCUAAUGCCCACAACAAAAGAUGUAAAAGAACUCUAGCACUAAUGUGCACAUCUAUCAAAAGAAACCAAAAGUAGUAUAAAAUACGAGAAUAACUUUUUUAUUGGAUAUCAGAAUGUAAUAAUCACUUCCAAAUUAUAAUGUUAAUUUUCAAAUUUAUCGGAUCACUUGUAAUUUAAUUCAUCAUUUACUAAUAUUUGUUUGCAAUGCAAUGCAAAAUAAAUGAAUAAUUAAUUGCCUGCAAAAUAUUAGAUCUUAAAACUCUUGAAAUCUGCACAAUCUUGAUAAUUGAUAAAAAUGCUAAUUGUAUUUUGUCAGAAAGUAUUUUUUUUGUCACUUACAAUCAUUUUACGUUCAUUGGUCAAUAGUGUUAUAUUAUUUUAUAAUUAAUUCAUGUAACUUAUAGGCCUUUCUCAAAUUUACAUUUUACUAUCGACAUUCUGUUAUUUUUAAAUUGAUCUAAAACAAUUUAUGGUUUUUGCAAAAUCAAUUUUUGAAGAGGUAAACAUAAACCUUAUAUACCUUAAGCAUUAUAUAAAUAACAAAUAUAAAAAACAUAAUAUGUACACAUACUUCAUACUUCCAAUGUUAUUACAUUUUGAUCCAUUAAAUUGCAACAGGAACAAUAAAUGCACAUAGACA